GCGCACUUGAGAAGUUUGUGAAAAGCCCGCGAAGCAAAGAGAAUUUUCCUUGAUGUCUUGGAUGUGUCAAGUGAUCUUCUUGAUCAGAAAUUCAAUUACGUCGUCGGUUGACAUCUACCUAUACCCAUGGAUUAUCUCCAUCACCUUCACAACCUUGAAUUGCUAAGAGAGCUACCUUUGCCAAGACCACGUCGUGGGCUACGGGAUGCUAGAAAUCCAUCGGAAUCGUACGAGGAUGGGCCAUUUCAAGAUCGGUAUCGACUGUCAAAAGAAACCGUCAUUUACAUCAUCAACAUGCUGGAAGCCGAAUUGAAGAGGGACACACAGAGGAAUGAUCCACUUCCCGUUUAUUUGCAGGUGUUGACGGCUCUCCGUUUUCAUGCAGUGGGAUCAUUUCAAAAGAUGCAUGGUGAUGAGGCAGCAAUAUCACAGUCAUCAACGUGUCGAAUCAUCAAAGAUGUGUCAGAAGCUAUAGCAAGAAGGAAAAGGCAAUACAUGAAGUUUCCUUCGACAAGAGAAGAAGUUGAAGCAACUCAGCGACAGUUCUUCCAGUACUGCAGAUUUCCAGGAGUGAUAGGUGCAAUUGAUGGGACACAUGUCUACAUCAGGAGCCCUGGUGGGGAUCAGGCAAUAUACUUCCUCAACAGGAAGAAUAGAUACUCGAUCAAUGUUCAGGUUGUUUGUGAUCAGGCUGGGAAAAUAACAAGCAUCGUUGCCAGAUGGCCUGGCAGCACACCUAACUCCGCAACCGUAAGUCACUUUUCAACCAAACUUGGAUGGUAGAUGUACUUAGGCGACCUGCAUAUUAUGCUGCAGUCGGAGGUCACAUGGUAAGGUCAAAGUGUUCAAAGUUUUUGUAGAAAUGUACCAAACCCGACGGUGCUCUCACUCCAUGAUGUGUCACUGCAUCGUAGCAAUCCAGUCGGAUUUGAAAUGGUCUACACAUGUUGAAUAUAUGGUCAAGAGCGCAAAUAGUCGUUUAUAUGUUCUUCGCACUUUGAAAUAUCAUAGUCUGUAAUUUCAGGACCUUAUAGUUGUAUAUACUAGUUUCGUGAGAACAGUUGUUGAAUAUGCUGUACCUGUAUGGUCAGGAGCACUAACAAAACAACAAGUACAAGUCAUCAAACGUAUUCAGAAACGUGCCCUUAGAAUCAUUUUUGGAGCAGCAUAUUCUUCAUAUGAGCAUGCUUUACUCCAGUCAGAACUGAUGUCUCUUGAAGAUAGAUGGAUCAAACUCUUUGUCUUGCGUUUGCGAAGUCUAUGCAAAUCCCAACGUCUAAACUGUAUCACCUUCUACCUCAAAAUAGGACUUGUCAAUAUCAGACUAGAAGCUUGGCCGGAACAGUAGAGAUGCGAUGUCGAACUUCACGAUAUAGAAAUAGCCCCUUGCCCUCGUUGAUUUGGCACCUUAAAGAGAA